CUCAACGAACGAUAUUUUCUACCGCUUCCUCUACUUUCCACACUCAUCAAUCCUCAUCUAAGGAAUGAAUCCUCCUCGAGUGCUGUGUAGGGUACACGCCUUAUACGCAUAUCAGUCUGGCGAUCCGUCAGCGCUGUCAUUUGGAAAAGGCGACAUCAUCGAGGUCCUAACCCAACUAGAAUCUGGAUGGUGGGAUGGAUGGUGCAAUGGCUUGAGAGGCUGGUUUCCUUCCAAUUACGUUGAAGUUAUUGAGGACGAGCCAGAGAUGAUCGCAGGCGAUUUUGGCUUAAACCAAUCAACAACGGCGACCAAGCCAUACAACAACCAUCAAGCCAACGAGAACCAGUGGUUUGAUGAGAACGAUUUUAAUCAUUACAAUGAAUCCACACAACACCAGCAGCAAUUUCAUGAACUGACUGCACGAAGUAAAGAACAGUUAAGACUCUCUUUGGCUUCGUCUGACCGGUCUUAUUCGGCCACCCCAACUACGGCAAGAUCAAGAAGCAGAACGGCUGCCAACCUAUCUGAAUCCUCUAGUAUGAAAAAUGGGUUGCCGCCCAAUUGGGUGAAACAGACAACGGAAGAUGGCUCCGGUUUCUACUAUUAUAAUCUCACCACUCAUAAAAUGCGGUAUACACAUCCUAACGAUCCGGAUGAAGAGGAAGAAUCCAUGGAUGAUUUUUCGGAUAGUGAUGUAAAUGACUUCCGUGCGUACAACGGCAACGGUCGUGCGUCCCCAGAUAUGGCUGCCUCCGUACAGUCGCGAUCCAAGCUGGCUCAAGAGCAUCCUGUCAGCGAAUCUGAAAUCAGCCAGGAUGAAGACUUAAGUGACAGAGAGUUUGAGCCCCGAAUUCCACCUCGUUCUGCCAACCGUAUCAAGGUUGCUGAGAAAUUCGUGGAUGACCGCAGCAUGGCCAGCUCCGGCAACCAUAGCCGCUUAAGCUCCGUGUCCUCUCAAGGUACUCAAAACAAAUAUCUUCGAGAUGUUGACGAGCAUUAUCCUCCUAACUGGACCAAAAAAAUGACUCCUCAAGGUCGUCCAUAUUAUUGUAACAUGCUUACCAAUGAGACCACAUGGAACAUUGAAGACGUCGAUCCCACCACUGGUGAACUGCUUAUACAACCCGGAACCCCGACCCAGUCAACUGCAAAUGAGCCUAUUAGUGGAUCUGCUGCUGACACUGAAUCAAAGCGAUCAUCAGAUCAUUCUCAUCUCUCACGCCGAAAAGUUGUAGAUCAACAAAUCAACGAACCACUUGGAUGGGGUAAACUAUCCAGUCUUAUUGCCCACGCCAUUCAUGAUUUGAACAGUGCAGCCAGGAAUGGACAGCGACACUUGUAUAGAGAUCUCACAACAGCAGUUGUUGAAUCCAUCCGUCUCAUGUUGUACACCUCCAACUCCAUCGACAAAGAGAACUCUCCUCACCUCAAGAACGAUAAGAACUUACGUACUCAAUACCGUGCCAUCAUGGCAGCUCUUUCAAAGUUGGUCUUGUCUGCCAAACUUGCCUCCACCAUGUGGUCGCCUCCCGAUGCGGUUGUUAAGAUGGAAACCGACGCUAACGAUGUAUUGGUCGCUGUACGAAAUUUCUUAGGCUCAGCACAAGAAGCCUGUAUAGAAAUUCAAGAUACCGAUCCUCGCUUAUUAGAGAAUGGGGCCACUUCUAUUGCUUCGCUUCAAUGGCGUAGGAAACGUAAUAACUCACAGAGUAGCGCUCGAGGACCAGCCAGUGAGUUGGAUGAACCCCAGCCUCGCUUCUUCCUUCACCCUGAGCAAGUAUCCAUCUUGCAAAACUCAGCAACUAACAUGCAUGGCACCAUCAUGUCAUUUAUUGAAUACGUGCGAAAGGUCGCCGAGAAGAAAACGAACACAAAUGAUGUCUCCUCCGUCACUCCCAACAUUCAAUCUGCUACACCACUCAUUAUCGCCCAGUUCCGUAAUCUCGGCAAUAUUAUCAGUCAAUUCUUGAACCACGUCGAAGAUAUCGCUGUGGACGAUGCUCUUGCUCAUGCUGGAGAUUUGAAAUUCGCAAAGCAAUCUUUGUACAACUCUAUGGGAUCACUUUUUGUGGCAACCCAGUUUAUCACCAAUGAUGCUCCUACUCCGGAUGAAUUGGAUGCAAAUGUAGCCCAAGUCGAGCAGUGCGCAACGUCGGUGGAAGAGAGUGUAUGGGAUAUCUGUAGAGCCAUUUCUCAAUUGACCUCUGAGCGAAUGUCAAAGCCAGUUGUCCCAGCUGCUGUAUCCCAGUCUCCACCACCAGCAAGAUCAGCCCAAAAAACUCCUCCAACAUCGCAUCAAAUACGAGAUACCAAUGACUUGUUAGCCUGGAAGAUCCCAGACACUUCCCUUAGCAUCGAUACAGGCAAGGAUAUUGGUCAAGACUACUUUAGUACACAAGACGAAGAUGGACGAAUUUCUCCCGAUACCGAUAUAUCAGAUCGUGAUGAGUUGGAUGAUAUCCUUGCGUCCCCGGAGGAUGAUCUUUCACCUCAAGCGCUUGCACAACGCUCCAUGUCGGAUAACCCAAUGAGUCGUCGCCCAGAUGAUAAGCUCAAGAAAUUCUUUGGAGAGGAUGCAGCUGCAGCUGCAAAGCGCCGCGAAACCACCAUUGGACCUGCUAGCACGGUGUCAAAUAUGCCUUCCGCCAUUGGAGCGCCUACUUCAUUAAACGCACCUGAAGUUCCAUGGUAUCUAGGAUACGAUUAUACUCCCAAUGACAUUGUCUUCAAUAUGGAAGGUCAAGUUAAAGGUGGUACUUUAGCUGCGCUGGUUGAGCGGUUGACAUUGCACGAUUACCUUGACUCCAAGUUUAUCAACACUUUCUUAUUGACUUACCGUUCAUUCUGUACAACCGAUGAAUGGUUCGAUCUACUUAUGCAAAGAUAUAACUUACCACCACCCGCAGGACUAACUCCUGAAGAGGUGGAUGUUUGGAGUGAGAAGAAGCUCAAGCUCGUUCGAUUGCGUGUUUUCAACGUCAUCAAGACUUGGCUCGAAAACUUUUACAACGAAGAAGAAGAUCAACAUAUUAUUGCUCGUAUCAUGGAGUUUGCCGAGGUUACCAUUCGUGAAUCCAUGCAGUUUGCGUCUGAGCAACUCAUCAAAUUGGUCAAGAAGCGAAUGGAUGCAGAUGACACUUCCCAAUUCCGUAAGAUGACAUUGACACCGGGCAUACCUGCACCACAAUCUAUUUUGCCAAAGAACAUGAAGCGUGUCCGCUUGUUGGAUAUUGAUCCACUUGAAAUUGCUCGUCAAUUGACCGUCAUGGACUCGCGACUCUAUAUCAAAAUCAAACCAGUCGAAUGUCUGGACAAAAAUUGGGGUAGAGAAGACUCAGAGAACAUCGCUGCCAACGUUAAGGCAUCGAUUGAAUACUCCAAUCAAAUUACCGCUUGGGUCACUGACUCUAUUUUGAGUCAAACUGAAAUUAAGAAGAGAUGCGCCAUUAUCAAGCACUGGGUCCAGGUGGCCGAAAAGUGUCGUAUUCUCAACAACUUCAAUACGUGUAUGGCUAUUCUGUCUGCUUUUGAUAACAGUGCAAUUGGUCGAUUAAGACGAACAUGGGACAGUGUGUCAGCUCGAACGAUGCAAACGCUGGCGUAUAUUCGUAAGCUGAUGGGAGCCAACAAGAACUUCAACGAAUAUCGUGAGAUCAUUCACUCAGUCAACCCACCCUGCAUUCCAUUCCUUGGUAUUUACUUGCAAGAUUUGACUUUUAUCGAGGACGGCAACACCAACUUUUUGAGAAAAUCAAAUCAGCUCAUCAACUUUGCAAAGCGUAUGAAGACGGCAGAAGUUAUUCGCGAAAUUCAACAAUACCAAAGCUCGCCUUAUUUCCUUAAUGCUGUUCCUGAAUUACAGCUAUUUAUUACGACCCAUCUGCAGAGCAGCCGUGAUGAAGAAACGUGUUACAAUUUAAGUUUAGCUUUAGAGCCCAGAGAACGUGAAGAUGAAAAGAUCGCAAGACUAUUGAAAGAAUCCGGUUUCUCUUAAACUAUAAACCUCCAAUAUUUGCAACUUCCUUGACUAAGUUAAUAAAAUUUGAAUUGUUCAAACCCAUC